AUGGCGUCAUUGGUGCGUGGUUUACCCAGGGCCGCGGUCAGACUAGGGCACACCGUGAAGGGUGCGUCACCCAGCCUACUGCACACCGGGCCCGCCGUCUGGGCGAAGGUACAAAAACCGGCACCCUCGUUCCAGGGAAAGGCCGUGGUGAACCAUGACUUCCGCGACAUCGCGCUCCACGAUUACCGGGUCAAAUACUUGGUGCUGUUCUUCUACCCACUGGACUUUACGUUCGUCUGCCCAACGGAGAUCGUAGCGUUUAGCGAUCGUAUCGAGGAGUUCCGGGCGCUCAACACCGAGUUGGUGGGUGUGUCGGUCGAUUCCCACUACACGCAUUUUGCCUGGAUCAAUACACCGCGCACGGCUGGCGGUUUGGGGCCGCUCAACUAUCCGCUGCUAGCGGAUCUGACGAAGAAAAUAUCCUCCGACUACGGAGUGCUGCUCGAGGACGGUAUUUCACUGCGCGCUUCGUUCAUCAUCGACUCCGGCGGUAUGGUGCGCCAGAUCACCAUCAACGAUUUGCCCGUCGGACGUUCGGUGGACGAGACGCUGCGACUGGUCAAGGCGUUCCAGUUCGUAGAGCGGCACGGUGAAGUGUGCCCGGCCAACUGGGACCCGGACAGGAACGCGACCACCAUCAAGGCGGACCCGGUCGGGGCGCGCGAAUACUUUGCGAAGCAAACUGAAUAG